UGUCGUCGGCGGUGACCAGCGAGCAGAUGCGGACGCUUUUUUCCUUCCUAGGAGAAAUCGAGGAGCUGCGGCUCUACCCCCCCGACAACGCACCUCUUGCUUUUUCUUCCAAAAGCUCUGAUAGUUGUUCCUUGUGCAGAAGAUGACUAGACUGGCCAAGGCAGACCUGUUACACUUGCCUGACACUUGCCUGAGUUAGGCAUUGUUUGCCAUGCCACUAAACCUGCCGUCAAGUGAAACCUUCAUUGGGGAAAUGAGAUCGGAGUCUGAACCGCAGAAGAUGGACGCCCUGUCUCUGUUUUUUAUUGUUUUACUUUACUUUAAUUUCUUUUUCUUUAUUUUGUCCCUUUUUUGUUUUUGUUUUGUUAAAUCUCUUUCACUUUAACUUGUGAGCUGGUUUUCCAGUUCUUUGUAAAUGGUAUUCCAUUAAGGAUUCAUAACAUUGCAUUGCAAAAUAUAUGGGGAGAUGAUCAGAGCUCAAUUUUAAGAUAAAAUAAAUUUUCACAGUAAAUUAGGAUGUAGUGAGUAUUAGGAGGCUCAGUGGGAAUGUUAAUUGGUGUUUAUAGACUGAUCAGGUACAUUUGUUCUUGAAACACUGAUAUGAUUAUUAGAAACAUUUUCUGACCAUAGUGCAACAUUUUGCAGUUUUUCUCCCAAAUGUAUAUGUCUUAUAAAAAUCAACUGAAUGCAUCUCCCUGCUAGAAUUUUAGCCAUACAGAAUCAUGGAAAAUAAGUAUAUUUCUUAUAACAAUCUGGGGUAGAGGACACAAAGAGACUUUCACUUUAAUGAUAGUUAUUCAUUAUAGAAAGUAACAUUUCCUUAUAAAGACCUUGUUGCCUGUGAGGGGAAUGGAUAUUUGAGAAGCUAUUAAAUACUUAUGUGUGUGUGUUUUUCUGUUUUCUUGAAUUUUUUGUUGAGAAAUACUCAGAGUUUACUAGCUUCUAAAUGGAUUCUGAGAUUUAGGACUAUUUCAUACAGUGAGAAACAUUGUUCUCUCAGUUGUCAUUGAGUAUAAUUUGGGAAAAAUGCUAAAUGUUCAUUUGUUUUAUACUUUUAUAUGCUGUUAGUAUUUAGAGGGUAAGUUUGAUAAAAUUCUGUCUUGGAAGUUAACUAAUGGAACUUUCUUUAAGUAUCUUUAAUAAUAAUUAGGAUAAGAAAAAAUUAGUGUGCUUACAGUUAGACUUUAUAAUAGUUUUUUACUACUAUGAAAAGCAGUGGGAGUCAAUCUACUGAUGCUUUUUUUUUUUUUUUUUUGAAGCCCACAGUGAAAGGCUUUAUAAUAUUAAGUAUUCAACUUUUGGCCUGUGUUGAAUACUCUUAUUGUUUGUGUAUCUUUUUACAUCUCUUGUAUGGAUAAUUUGGCUUAUUUAAUUGACAAAUAAUAUAUUAAAUUGGGACUUUAGAUUGGAACAUUAGGGUAGCAGAGCACAGAGUUUAUAACCGUAGGACUUAAGUUGAUUUAUCAAGAUGUAUUUAGGUUUUACAAACAUUUAAAAAUAAUUCCUAUUUAUAACAAAACAUACCUAAUAGCAAUAUAAAUAGUAUAGUAUAUUUGUGGGUAUACAGAUAUAUGUAUUAAUACUAGUAACUAUUAAAUAUAAAAUAUUGUUAUUUGAUAUUUUCAGUAAGGCCUACCUUUCAUUUAUCUUUAUGCAUGUUAAAAAAUUUAUGCUUAUGCAGAAUUUACACUAAUAAAAUAGCUGUUUUUGAAAUUAGUAGAUUAAAGUAAUAUAGACUUAGAUGUUUCAAAGAUUAGAAAAAAGUAGGCAUUUAUUGAAGCUAAUGUAAUUUUUUUGUUCCUGUAAAUAAGGUGUAACCAUUAUUAAAAGCAAGUUUUAAAAUCCAUCUUGAAUUCCAUUCAUAUUUAGAGAUAUGUUUAAAUAGUAUUGUUUAGAGGUUUAUCUCUGCAUAUCUGGUUGCUUUAAAUAAGAGUUUUUACCACUAAAACCUAGCAUGGUGCUUUUGAAAAAUUUACUCCAUGUGCUAUUUUCAGUUUAGCAUGAUUUAUAAACUGUUUUAAAUUAUUUUUGAACUCAUAAUGGAAAUGUGUAGCUAACUAAUUAUGAGCACUUCUUCCAAAAUAGCUACAUGUAGUCAACUUUUUGUUGUUGUUAAUCCUCACCCAAGGAUAUUUUUUCAUUAAUUUUUAGAGAGAGUGGAAGGAAGGGUUGAUACAGAGAGAGAGAGAGGAAAAAAACACACCCAUCUUUUGGUUGCCUCCUGCACCCACCAGGGAUCAAGCCCGUAACCUAUCAUGUGCCCUUGACCAGAAUUGAACCUGGGACCCUUCAGUCCUCAGGCCGAUGCUCUAUCCACUGAGCAAAACUGGCUAGGGCACUGUAGUCAACUUUUUUAGAAGUAAAUUUUUUGGCGGGAUGAGAGAGGACCAGGAAAAAUGCAUGGAGGUUGAAGUCCUUAUUAAAAUUAAUUGAUUAGAAUUCAGUAAUUAAAUAUCACAAAUUGAUGGACUUAUGUCAGAGUAAAUUUUUAGUUUUAGUCAGGAAUUUUUUUCUUAGCAUCUAAGGUUAUUUCAGUGUUAUUAGGAGAUGUUUAUAAGCAACACAUUUAGGGAUCAGCUACUCUUCAGAUAAGUAUACAUAAAUUGGUUCUAAAAGUCAAUGAUUUAAAAAGUUUCCUGAGAUUAGGGAAGUUAUUUUGUUAGUUAUUCUAAAAAGUUUUAGCAGUUUCCCAAGGCAUAUUCUUUGGACCUGGGUUCUUUUGAGCAUUCCUGACGUUGGGAGGUGACUUACUAACUGAAUGGGUGUAAGCUUUUUUUUAAAUUGAAGCUGAUUUCAUGCAGUAGGUUUUUGUUUUUUUCUGUCUACUUGAAAUUAAAUGGAAUUUAUUGGAAGGGUUAUCAAAAUUGUUUGCAUCACAAGUAGGUAGUUUCAAUAACAGGAUAGGGGCACUCAGUAAGGAACAAAUUUCAAUUCGCACAUACUUGUUUUUUCUUUUUCUUUUUUUUGACUAAUUUGGUUAUUUGCCAUUUCUGGGGAUUAAACUUUAAAAAAUGUUCUUCUUUUCUGUAUCUGAUGUUCUGUGUGCUAUUAGUGAUGCAGCCAACACGAACGGUUGUCAUGUGUAACACAACUUUCGAUCACCGCGAAAACACCGUCCUGGGAAAGCGUCCAUGCUUGAUAUCGUUUGGUUCAUGAACAUUAAGUUUCCAGUACAGGUAAAAUUCCAGAGGAAUCGAAAGCCCUCUCUUUAUUGGUUCCUGCUCCAACCAUGACAAGCCUGAUGCCUGGUGCAGGCUUGCUUCCCAUACCGACCCCAAAUCCCUUGACUACACUGGGUGUUUCCCUUAGCAGUUUGGGAGCUAUACCAGCAGCAGCACUAGACCCCAAUAUUGCAACACUUGGAGAGAUACCACAGCCACCACUUAUGGGAAAUGUGGAUCCUUCCAAAAUUGAUGAAAUCAGGAGAACAGUCUAUGUUGGCAAUUUGAAUUCCCAGACAACAACAGCUGACCAGCUACUCGAAUUUUUUAAACAAGUUGGAGAAGUGAAGUUUGUACGGAUGGCAGGUGAUGAGACUCAGCCAACUCGGUUUGCUUUUGUGGAAUUUGCAGACCAAAAUUCUGUACCAAGGGCCCUUGCUUUUAAUGGAGUUAUGUUUGGAGACAGGCCAUUGAAAAUAAAUCACUCCAACAAUGCAAUAGUAAAACCCCCUGAGAUGACACCUCAGGCUGCAGCUAAGGAGUUAGAAGAAGUCAUGAAGCGAGUACGAGAGGCUCAGUCAUUUAUCUCAGCUGCUAUUGAACCAGAGUCUGGAAAGAACAAUGAAAGAAAAGGCGGUCGAUCUCGUUCCCACACUCGUUCCAAAUCCAGGUCUAGCUCAAAAUCCCAUUCUAGAAGGAAAAGAUCACAGUCGAAACACAGGAGUAGAUCCCAUAAUAGAUCACGUUCAAGACAAAAAGAUAGACGUAGAUCUAAGAGCCCACAUAAAAAACGCUCUAAAUCCAGGGAAAGACGAAAGUCAAGGAGUCGUUCACAUUCACGGGACAAGAGAAAAGACACCCGAGAAAAGAUCAAGGAAAAGGAAAGAGUGAAAGAAAAAGAUAAAGAAAAGGAAAGGGAAAAAGAGAGAGACAGGGAAAAGGAACGUGAAAAAGAAAAGGAACGGGGUAAAAACAAAGAUAAAGACCGGGAUAAAGAACGGGAAAAGGACCGGGAUAAGGAUAAAGACAAGGAAAAGGACAGAGAAAGAGAGCGGGAAAAAGAGCAUGAAAAGGAGCGAGACAAAGAGAAGGAAAAGGAACAGGAUAAAGAAAAGGAACGAGAAAAGGACAGAUCCAAAGAGAUAGAUGAGAAAAGAAAGAAGGAUAAAAAAUCCAGAACACCGCCCAGAAGUUACAAUGCAUCAAGAAGAUCUCGAAGUUCCAGCAGGGAAAGGCGAAGGAGGCGGAGCAGGAGUUCUUCUAGAUCCCCAAGAACAUCAAAAACCAUAAAAAGGAAAUCUUCGAGGUCUCCAUCCCCUAGGAGCAGAAAUAAGAAAGAUAAAAAGAGAGAAAAAGAAAGGGACCAUAUUAGUGAAAGAAGAGAGAGAGAACGUUCAACCUCUACAAGAAAGAACUCUAAUGACAGAGAUGGGAAAGAAAAAUUGGAGAAGAACAAUACUUCACUUAAAGAGAAGGAGCACAAUAAAGAACCAGAAUCAGGUGUGGGGAAAGAAGCAGAUGACAAGGAUGCACCAAGGACUGAGGAAAACCAAGUACAGCAAAAUGGGAAUUGUCAGCCAAAUGAAGAAAACCUUUCUACCAAAACAGAAGCUGUGUAAGACUGACAAGUGCACCUCUAAAUGCACGCUGGAAUAAAAUCCAAAGCUUUUAAUUACUCUUAACAAGAUGUUAAAUAAUGAAGAAUCCAUUUGAGCAUAAAGAGAUAAGCUAACAGCUUUUCUAGUUGUUAGGUGGCUUUGUGGCCAUCUUGUUAGUGAGUAAGAAAAGAAAGCAUGGACAUCAUGAAGAUAACUGAUGUUACCCAAACUCAUCUUUAAAAUCUGUGUAUUUCCAUGGUGGCUGGCACACUUGUCCUGUGGUUUGUUAGUGUUUGCCAAGAACCAUUACAAAUAAAUGGGACAUCAAAGAUCCAAAUUUGUAUUCUCCUCAAAGACUGGAGAUAAACAUUGAAGGCUCUUUUAAAAAGUGUUAGUUACUGAAUUUUGUAUUGUUUUACUUUUUUUUUUAAAUUUCAACAUAUACAGAUUGAUGAUGUGCUUGAAAUCGGUGCAAAUAUAUACCCACCCUUGUAAGUGCAGAAUAUGUAAGAAGUUUUAACACUUAACUCCACAGGAUUUAUAGUGAUUGUGUUAAGUUCUCACUAUUGUGUUUCUUUUUCUCACUGUUUAGGACAAGUUUUUCUUUACAAUACUUUUACAGAUUCAAAUUCCUUAAAUAAGUGGAUUAAAAAAACUGACAAUGCAUGCUACUACUAUUCUCUUUCAAAAGGAAGAACAACUGUGUUGAAUACUAAUAAUAAUGUAUUAGUAUUCAGUGUUUAGAAUCAUUGGGUUUCCCUACAAAGUAAGCACUUCUUUUUUAACUUUCUUGACAUUUCCAAGCUUAUUAUGAAUAAUAUUGUAGUGUGUAUUGUCAGCAGUAGAUGGCAAAGGUAUCAUUAUAAAAAGAAAACUUGGGUUUUCAAAGCGGGCUAUGGGAGCACAAGCUGAAGCUUUAGUGCCUUCUACAAUGUGGUAUACUGUUUUCUAGAAUUUUAUAUGUACUAGUCAUUCUCAGCUCGUACGGAAUUUAGAUGGAUAUUCCAUUCACUCCCAUAGAGAAGUGUGCAAGUGAUAUGUCAAGAGAGCCUCUUACUUAGUUCACCUAAUAUGAGAGGGAAGUCCUGUUUUCAAGAAUGACUUUAGAGCUUAAAACAACAGUGCAGUUUUGGGACCAUCAGUUUUAUACUGUGAUCAUUGAAAAUGAAGCAUGUUCUUAAUUUACUUAAAGCAAAUCCUUUAGUUGUCUAUAUGGGAUGGCCUUAAUUAUUACCUCUCAAUCAUCUUCUCAUAAAUGAUGUGCAGAAAUUGAACUUAAAGGAGAAUACAUGAGGUUGUUUUAUUUCUAAGGAUUUGUUUACUUGAUUUAAAAUAUAGGUCAUCCAUCAUUCUUAGGUUCACUUUUUGUAGAAAGUAUGCAAGCAGUAAAAUGACAACAUUGCUAAUAUUUCCCCACCACCCUAAACCAUAACUCAUAGUUUCAGAACUCAUUUCAUUAUUGUUAUAUUUCCAAAAAAGAUAUACCUUUUAAUUAGCAUAUUAUUAAAAAAUCAAGUAUAAUUAUUUUAAUACAAUAUAAUACAAUCAGAUUACUCAGUUGCCUUACCUCACGGGAAGAGUUACUUAUAGAGUUCAAAGCUGGGUAGCACAUCAGUUAUUUGGUUUCAACUUGAGUUUUCUUUUAAGGUUAAUAUUAUUGAAACUGAAGUAUUGGGUGGGGAAUGGAAAGAAUUGCCCUUAUUGCAAAUAAUGAAGCCUGGUUUGAUUAUAAAGCUGCUUAAUUCCACCUCAUGUGUCCAGAAUUACUGUGGUAUUUUUUCCCUUUUUGUCACUGUGUACAUUAAAUUUUUUGAAAAUGCUUUACUAUGUAAAGUAUAGAUGGUCAUUUUAAUCCUUCAACCACAUACGGUUGGCUGGUAAACAGCUUAUUCUGAUACAAGAAUGCUUGUAUGGUGACUAUGGAAAGAUCGUGAAGGAGUACGUAUGUUUUGCAUCAACAGCUGUCUUAUUUAUGAUAUGUAAGUAGAAUAGAGCAAAUGUUUGACUCUGUUAUUUUUAGUACCAUUUCUUAAUAAAGCUAAGUAUUUUAGAGGAAAGUAUUUGUUAUGCAUUUCAAAACAGCAUCUUAGUUUUAUUUUGUUAUUUUUUUAGUUUCCAUAGAAGUUGUUUUGACAUGGAGUGUGCAUGUUUGGUGUGGUGUCUAUAAAACAAUCAUUUAAAGUUUGAGUGUUUUCUUAUGUUCUGGGCUCUAUUAAAUGUUUGUUAUGUUAUAAUUAGCAUAUUUAAUUUGGGUCCUGCUACUGAUUAUUUUUCUUGCCUAUAUUUAUUUAGCUUUAAAAUAAUGAAAGAAUGAUUUGUAAAAAUUAGGCAUAAGUAGGAAUACAAGAGAUUUGGAGAAAGUGAAAUAAUUUUCUUAAAUUAGAGCUUAUGUAAGGAAAGCUGUCUAGGUCUAUAUAUAAUUGGGGUGUGUGUGUGCAUGAGAGAGAGAGAGAGAGAGAGAGAGAGAGAAAGAGAAAGAGAAAGAGAAAGGGGGGGGUUCUCCUUGUUCAUGUAUGAGAGCUGAAAUGUUUCCAUUUGUUUAUUAUUUUUUCAAGGAAUUUGUUUUUUUUCUUUAAGAUUAUUCUUGUUCAUCCCAGGUAGAUAUUGUCAGAAAAACUUGAGGUAAGGCCAAGAUGAUAGUCAUUUUAUACUUGAAAGCUCCUGUAAAUAUCUUUUUUUGUUUGAUCAUAUGGAGAGUACAUACACUCUGUUCCUUAAAUUGUAAUUGCUCUUCAUCAUUCUGGACAAAUUCUGUUGGUCCUCUUGUUCUUUCUGUCCAGCACUGCACACUGAAAAGGUAAUAAUAUAAGAUGGCUCUUCAUAAGAUAGCCAGUUUCAUGUGAGAAAACAAGUAUAAAUCUUCACUUCUGUAACCAUCUCCUUAAUUAUUUUCCAUCUAAUCUAACUUAUAAUUGCAAACACUAGUCAGCUUGUGAUUUUCUGUUUAGAAUUACUUUUUCAAGAGGUAAAAUGCAUGUUAUGUUGAUCUUCAGAAGUGUCAGAGGCUUAAAUUUUGGCAUACUCAAAAAUAACACAUUUAGAAUUAAUAUUUUGUCAAAAUAUCUUGUGAUAUUAGUCAUUUUCAUGACCCCAUUUAUUCCUAUAUAUGUCGCUAUUUUUAUUUAAAACUUAAAAAAAAACAAAAAUGACCCAAAUUUUUCAACUGAAGAUAAUGUUCAAAUUUAAGGGAUAUAUAUAUGUAUAUGUAUAUAUAUAUAUAGUACAUACAUAUAGUAAUAUAUAUGUAUUUAGUACAUAUAUAUAGUAAUAGGCUUUUAAAAGUUUAAAAAUUUAUUAGAGAUGGUUUGAUUUAAGUCUUUAGUAGUUGGAAUAGCAAUUAGAGUGAAUCCUUUUGGAGGGAUGCAUUGAAAAACUUAACAUUUCAAUUAGUCAUUUUUUAUAUUUUCACAAAAUAGUAUCUGAAUUUAACUUGGCCAUGAAAUAGAGUCAUUUCAACAAAGUAAUUAUGUUUCCUACAUGUUUAAUUUCUUUUAAAUCUUUGCUACUUAAUAUACUUAGUACUUUCUUAUGUUUAUUUGCUAAUGUAAUAUUCAUUUAAAUUGAAUUGUUUAUUUUCAGAUUUCAAAAGUUAGUGCCCCUAAAAGGGCUAAAUUGUACUUCUGGAAGCAAGAGUCCAGUAUAAAUGUAAUAAAUUAAUACUUUAAAAUAUAAUGGACUUCCCUACUUAAUCUUGGAUUUGUGGGUUAAUUUGUUUCUCUUAGUACAUUUUUAUUGGUGAUUCUGCUUAAAGACUGAUACAUUAUUUUAAAAAUAAAAGCUAAAGCUAUUAAUGACUUUUGGUCCAUAUUCUGUUAAAUUGGAUUUAAUAAAGAAUAGGGUUUUUUUUCAUUUCACUUUUGGGUAAUUUUAUGGUUUCUGGCAAUUAAUUUAUAAUUAUUAGUUUAUAUCUAAUACAAUAUUCCUUAAUAUAUUAUUUUUAAAAGCAGAUUUGUAGCCUAUUGCCUGAUUGUUAAAUUUACUUGUAUCUAGCUAACAUUUUAACUUGGAAAAUUGCCACCUUUUGGGAAGCUUCACAUAUUUUACAGUAAAUAUUUAUUUUCCCAGGACUGGAAUGAAUAGUUCCCUUCAUUCUUGAUUAACAUUUAUUUGCUAGAUAGAUAUUUUCUUAACUACAGGGUAUUCCCCAAAAAUGUAUGCACAGCUUAAUAGCUGAUAGCUCAAUUAAUGUUUCUUUUCAGAUUUAACCCAUUGGAAUUAAUAAUUAUUCAAAGUGUGUACACAUUUGGGAGGUGGGACACCCUGUAUAUUAAGUUCAAAUUCGUGAAAAUCACACUGAAAGAAUUACAGUUGAGAUUUAGUUCUACCAACUUAAGGUUACGGGUAGGCAGAAAAAUGUUGGGGAACAAUCUACAGAAUUCCCUGAUUUCCACAGGAGAUUCACAUUUUGGAAUACUGUGUAAUUGUAUAGAUAGUUCAGUUUAAUGGUUAAAUAGUACUCUCCUUAAUCUUAAUUAGGUUAAUACAUAGUGUUCUUUACAUAACGCUAUGAAUUAUCAAGGGAAGAGUUUAAAAUGUAAGCAGGAAGAUGCUGCAUAGGUGGUGUGUGUUUAUGUGAGUAGGACCACUAAAUGGUACUAGAAAAGAUUUAUCAAAUGAUGCUGCUAUUGUGUUACUAUAUUUUUAAUAAAAUGGAAAUCUUAAAACCUU